UGAAACUGCUGGCAGUUGGAGAAGAGAAGGUUCAUAUCUGCCACCAGACUGUCCAGUCCAGCGUACUCUCCUCUCUUGAUCCUGCUGCGGAUGGUCUUCAGGUCUAUUGGUUCAUCCACCACGUCCUGGUAGUCUGGAUACUGGGAGAGAGGCUCGGCAAAUGGCCAGCUGCAGUCUUGGUCGUUGACCUCCUCCCAGAGAGCCUCGCACAGCUGCAUCUCCAGUCCCCUCUGCUCCCUGCUCACCACCCCUCCCCCUCCUACCCGGCCUCCCCGCGAGCACCGCAGCUCAAUGAUGGCCGACACCACAGACUCAGCACGUGAACUGGGGACUGGACCCCUCUGCUGCUCCAUGUUCAGUCUCUUCCUCGCCUUGGUCACCGGCUUCGUAGGUGGUUUCUUGGCCUUUUGUCUGGUGGCCUUCCCGCCCUGCUGCUGGCGAUGGUUUGACUUCUUCUGCAGCCGACCCGAUCGCCUCUUGCCAGCUGGUCCUCUCCGAGCCCUCAGAGAAUGCCUCGAUAAGACCUCCUCCUCUGAUUCGUCUUCUUCUUCUUCCUCUUCCUCCCCCUCUUCCUCAGCCUCGUCCUCAUCUUCUCUCUCUUCUCUCUCCCCCUCACUGUCACUUGAUUCCACCUGUACACCCAAACACACACACAAUAAGGCGAUGUGAUGUAUAAUAUAUAGCA